AUGGCGAAAAAAAGAAUGAUCGAACUGCUUGAUUUACUUUUAAAGGACUUAAUGGAUUCAACGAUACUAUUUGGUGGAAAGGUUGUAGUUUUUGGAGGUGAUGUCAGACAAACACUUCUAGUAGUUCGAAACGGGGAAAAAGAAGAUUUCAUUAAUGAAAGUUUACUAUAUUCUCAUAUCUGGGAAGAACUUGAAAGGUUGCGGUUAUUUGAAAAUAUGAGAGCAAAAGAUGAUCCUUCAUUUUGUAAUUAUUUAUUGAGAGUAGGAAAUGGAAAAGAAAAAGUGACCUCAACAAAUAAGAUUGAAAUUCCAGCAUCCUUCAUCGUUCCUUAUACAACUGAAAAGGAAUCUUUGGAUAAACUCUUCACGAUAACUUAUCCAGAUUUGCAUACAUUUAUUUCUUCCUCGCCCUGCACAAGCUCUCGUGUUAUCCUAACAACUAAGAAUGAUUUCAUUGAUGAGAUUAACGACAUGCUUGUUGCUCGAUUUCCAGAGGAAGCAAAAACUUUUGUUGGCAUUGAUGAAACCAUUGAACCUACUAAUCAAUCAUAG